CUCACAUCGCCAUCGCCGCCUACGCACACUUGCUCUCGAUAACGACGCACUGAGUGAUCGAUGGCAAUCGCCGCCGCCGGGGGGCCACGCCGCCGUAGGAUGCUGCUGCUGAUGGCGAACUACGCGGCGUUGCUGGUGGGGUCGGUGGCGUCGAGCCUGCUGUCGAGGUUCUACUUCAUACGCGGCGGGAGGAACCGGUGGGUGGUCACGCUGGUCCAGUCGGCGGGGUUCCCGCUGCUGGUCGCCGCCGUGUUCGGCGUCGGCGGCCGGCCUGCCGCCGCGCCGAGGCCGUUCACGUGGUUCUCGCGGCGGUUCCUCGCCGUCUGCGUGGUCAUCGGAGCGUUGAUGGGGGCCAACAACCUGCUCUUCUCGUACAGCACGUCGCUCCUGCCGGUGUCGACGUCGUCGCUGCUGAUGUCGACGCAGCUCGCCUUCACGCUGGUGCUCGCCGUCAUCAUCGUGCGCCACCCGGCCACGUUCGUCAACCUCAAUGCCGUCGUGCUCUUGACGCUCAGCUCGGUGCUCCUCGCGCUCCGCUCGGGGGACUCCGGCGAGACGCCGGAGGGAGGCGGCGGGAAGAGCUACCUCCUCGGCUUCGUCGUCACGCUGGGCGCCGCGGGGCUCUUCUCCGCGUACCUGCCGGUGAUGGAGCUGCUGUACCGCGAGGCCGUGUCGGGCGGGUUCGUCCUGGCCGUGGAGGUGCAGGCGGUGAUGCAGGCAAUGGCGUCCCUCGUCGCGGCGGUCGGGCUGGCGGCGUCGUGGGGCGUGGCGGACGACGUGUCCAACUGGAAGGGCUCGCCGGCGCAGUACUGGGCCGUGGUGGCGACCCUGGUGCUGACGUGGCAGGCGUGCUUCAUGGGCACCGCCGGCGUCAUCUACCUCACCUCGUCGCUCCACAGCGGCGUCUGCAUGGCCGCCGUGCUCACCCUCAACGUGCUCGGCGGCGUCGUCGUGUUCGGCGACCCGUUCGGCGCGGAGAAGGCCGUCGCCACCGCGCUCUGCGCGUGGGGCUUCUCCUCCUACCUCUACGGCGAGUACGCCAAGACCAAGAAAGCCUCCAUGGCCGCCGCCGCCGCCGAGGAGAGCUCUUCCGACGGCGAGGGCAGCGUCCACAAGAGCCUGACAGGUGGCGGCGCGGCCGGAGGCCAAGUCGACUCGGCGGUUUGAACGAGGCAGCGCCUGCGCCGCCUGCCAUGUGACGCGCCGCGCCGCGCCGCGCUGAAACGAAGGAAGCGGUGCAACCAAAAGGAAAAAGAGAACGGAAGCAUCAAAAAAAUGGCAGGAUGCAACGCAUUAGGUGUAGUCGAGUCAUACAAUGUUGCAUGGAUUAGGCUAACUUGCAAGGGACAAAAAUGUUGCAUGGAUCAGUAGACCUGCUGUCUUAGCUUUGUAACUGAUAGAUGGAUGGGUUAGCUUAGUUUGGUGCAGUGCUCGCUAGUUGGUGGUGUGGCUAGUUGCGAGGUUCGGUCCUCGUAUGGGUAGUCUCUCUGUUUAUGGAUACUUGUCGUUGUAUCGUUUAUUUUCAGGUCUAAAUCCAUAUCGGUUUUGUAAAAGCUUGUUGUUAUAGCAUUUACUUUCGUGUCUAAA